AUGGAUAGAUUCGAGAGAGAUUUCGAAGAUUUGGAUGUGACGACGAAGACAAUGGAGAAGACAAUGGAUGGAACUACGGUGUUGAAUGCUCCAAAGUCACAAGUCGAUGCGCUUAUAGCUGAGGCUGCUGAUAAGGCUGGAAUCGAACUCAACCAAGAACUGCCAUCAAACGUGCCAACCGCUCUUCCCACCGGAACCCAAGCCGUCUCCGAAGACAAAGACCUCACAGAACGUCUCGCAGCUCUUCGCAAUAUAUCCCUCGUCGGAGUGAAGCGAGUCGUCGACUACGCCGUCAAAAUCCGUGUGAAACCGGAUCGUUCGGGUGUGGUGACAGAAGGCGUUCAACACAGUAUGAAUCCAUUCGACGAGAUCGCUCUCGAGGAGGCUGUGAAGCUGAAAGAGAAGAAAUUGGCGACUGAAGUGGUCGCCUUCUCUCUCGGAGGCCCAAAAUCUCAGGAAGUUUUGAGAACUGCUCUUGCGAAGGGAGCGGAUAAGGCGAUUCAUGUUCAAGUUUCCGAUGAGGAAGCCUCGAAACUCGAGUCGUUCCAUGUGGCGAAAACGCUGAAGAAAAUCGUCGAAUCGGAGAAAUUCGAUGCGGUAUUCCUUGGGAAACAGGCGAUUGACGAUGACUCGUCACAAACUGCCCCAAUUCUUGCGGGACUUCUAGAUUGGCCACAGGCGCUGUACGCGUCGAAAGUCGAGGAAGGAGGCGAUGGACACAUGAAAGUGACCAGAGAAAUUGAUGGUGGUCUUGAUACUAUCAAGGUGAAGAUUCCAUUCGUCCUGUCGGCUGAUUUGCGUCUCAACGAGCCCCGUUACGCGACUCUUCCGAAUAUAAUGAAGGCGAAGAAGAAGCCAUUGAAGGCUAUUCCAAUCAAGGAUCUCGGAGUGGACAUCAAACCACAGACGGAAACGAUCGAAGUGACUGAACCGCCUGUCCGUCAAGCCGGCGGAUUCGUCGAAGACGUCGCGGCACUCGUCGCCAAACUCAAGGAGAAGGGAUUCGUUAAGGCUUAA